AUGCCAUCCUCCACAGAGAGGAGGCUGGCAUAUGCUGUUUACAUGCUGGUUGGAGAGGCUGAGCAUUGGUGGAGGGGUACUCACCAUAUGCUGACUGCUAGAGGAGUUGUUGUUGAUUGGGAGUGCUUCAGGAGGGUGUUCCUGGAGAAGUACUUCCCGGAAAGUGUGAGACACGCAAAGAAGGCUGAGUUCAUGCGGUUGCACCAAGGUGGGCUGAAAUUUGCUGAGGGUUUGAGACAAGAGCUGAAGAGGGUGGUGGUGCCUAUGGCCAUCACUGAGUUUCUGGCCUUGGUGGAGAAGGCUAAGGUGGUUGAGCGGUUGGAAGGUGGCAACCGUGUGACAAAGACUGUUGAGGGACCAGCUGGGUCCAAGAGGGGAGGAAGUCAGAGGAAGCCAUAUGAUAGGCCCCAACCACAACAAGGGAGUCUUGUCAUUAGGCAACCUUCUAAUGCUGCCAGAGGUGGGAGACAGGGUGGAGGUGCCACUCUCAGAUGCUACAAGUGUGUUGGGCCCCAUUUUGUCAGGGAUUGUCCACACACGGAGAGCUGGUGUUUCAAGUGUCAUCAGAUGGGUCAUGAGUCGACCAACUGUCCUACCAGAAACAGACCGGAGAGGGGUGCUCAGUUGGGUGCUCAGAGAGGCGAUGCUCAGAGGGGUGACAGACCUACUACUGCUGGCAGAGUAUUCGCUUUGACUAGGGCUGAGGCUUUGACUUCCUCAAAUCUUGUGAAGGGGAAGGGUAAAGCUACUG